AUGGGGGCGUGCAGCGGUAAGAACCAGGUUAUCCACAAGCAAAGUGGGAGCUUCGGUCAGGAUGCCCGCGGCAAGCGAAAGAAGCAGGAUCUUCCGACAAUGCUACAUGGCGUAUCUGGACAGAAGUCUUCCAAAGCUGAUGCACUUUCUCGGGCGCAGCUGAUUCUGAACCAUUCAGGGGAUGUGAGGGACAUCUACAGAAUCGAGGCAAGAAAGCUUGGUGAAGGAACUUAUGGGUCUGUGUCCAGCGCUGUGCACAAACAAACUGGGGUGGUCCGUGCCAUCAAGACCAUGUCCAAGGGACAGAUGAAGAAUGUGAGCCGCUUCAAGCAGGAAGUUGCCAUUAUGAAGGUCAUGGACCAUCCCAACAUCAUCAAGCUCUUCGAAACCUUUGAAGAUAGACGACACAUCUACUUGGUCAUGGAGCUCUGCUCGGGUGGAGAACUUUUUGACCGGAUCAUCGAAGCUGGCCACUUCAGGGAGGUGGAUGGUGCCAUUGUGGUGUCCCAUAUUCUGCAUGCGAUCUUCUACAUGCACAAGAUGGACGUCUGCCACCGAGAUCUCAAGCCAGAAAACUUUUUGUUCCUCACAAAGGACUCUAUCGACAAGAAUGUCCUGAAGCUGAUAGAUUUUGGUCUUUCCAGCGUGGUCACUGACGGCAAGGUCAUGUCCACGAAAGCUGGCACACCGUACUACGUAGCACCGCAGGUACUCCAAGGAAAGUACGACAAAGCAUGCGACUUGUGGAGUUGUGGAGUGAUAAUGUUUACCAUGCUGUGCGGAUAUCCUCCGUUCUAUGGGAAGACAGACCACGAGGUGCUCCACAAGGUCAAGACCGGCAUUUUCACUUUUGAUCCAAAGGAUUGGAGAAAUGUCUCGGAUGAUGCAAAGGCGCUGAUCAAGAUGUUGCUGAAGUUUGACCCUGCCGAACGCUUCACAGCGGAGCAGGCACUGCAGCACGAAUGGAUCAGGUGCCGAGCCCCGAGGUCAACCACGGUGUCACUACAGGCGGGUAUCAUGGAGAACCUCCGAGCAUUCCAGAACCAGCAUAAGAUGAAGAAGGCUGCACUGCAGAUCAUUGCAGGGCAGCUUAGCGAGGAGAAGAUCAAGGCCCUGCGGCAGACCUUCGAGGCGCUGGACGCUAACGGUGACGGCUGCCUCACAGCGGAGGAGCUUCAGGAUGGCAUGGCCAAGGCGAGCUUGGGCGAGUUGUUGUCCAAAGUGGACCUCGAUGCCAUCAUCGAAGGUGUGGACGCGGACGGCAGUGGUAUGAUCGAUUACACAGAGUUCCUGGCUGCUACGCUGGAUCGGAAGUGCUACUUGCAGGAGGAUGUUUGCUACAAUGCGUUCAGUGUUUUUGACCAAGACGGAGAUGGCCAAAUCACGUUGGAGGAGCUUAAGACCAUCCUCGACAACGGUAGCGUGGACGAGGCCUUGAGCAGCAAGACCUCUGAGGACAUCCUGAAGGCGGUGGAUGUCAACGGCGAUGGAUCCAUUGAUUUUGAGGAGUUUAUGGAGAUGAUGCGGGGCGACAAAGUGCCGUCAGAGGUCAAGGCAAUUCCGACCCAGUCUUUGUGA